AUGGACAAUGACGAAUACACCCUGGAGUACUUUUGCAGACUGUGUGCAUCGGAGGGGGUGGUGAUACAUCCGCUGUUUCCCCCCGGCGAUGAAGACCCUAAGGAUGAGCUGGUCCGGAUGAUUGACGUCCUGACUUCGGUAACCCUGACGCGGACACAGGAUUCCGGAGCGGUCAUCUGCGACAAAUGCCUACAGAUGUUGGAUUUGUUCUGUCAGUUUCGGGAGGAGUGUCUUCGUCAGGAUGUGAUGAUUCGAACGCGGAGAGAAUUGGAAAAGGAACGGCAGGAGGAGGAAGAGCGUCGUUUGGCCGUCGAGCAACAGCAACAGCUUGCCGCUGCUGCUGCUGCGGCGGCGGCGGCGGCGGCUUCGGUAGUAGCAGCAGCUGCAGCUGCUGCUGCGCAAGCAGCACAACAACAAAUUGCCACCAUAGAACCGGACGUUCUGAUCAAGGAAGAAGAAGAUUCAGAGGAGCCUCCGACGAUUGUGAUAGACGACUGCAAGGAAGAACCGGACGAGGAGGAAGACGACGACGAGGAUGGGGAACCACAGUCAGUAGAUUCUAGUCUUGUAGCCAAUAGUAGUAGCUUUCAGUCUCCAGCGGAGAUUUCGCUGUACUCCCAAACGAGCAGCUUAUCGAUUUCGGUGCAAGUGAAUCAGAUUUCGCUCGGCGGAAGCAGUCCGGGGUUGAUAGCUCUUCCAGCAGGAGCAGGUGCAGAAGCCGCGUCAUCCGCGGCCAACUUAUCAGAAUCACGUCCCUCUCGGGUAGCAUUCCGGAAGGGGAAGCUCGACCCGAACAAACCGCCACCGGAUUGCGAACUUUGCCAGGAGAGCUUCUCGACGCACUACGAUUUCGAACAGCACAUGGACAGCGUGCACGCGUGGGAUCGUGGGACGCGAUGCUCAUUGGCGUGCGAUCCGUGCCAGAUGCGGUUCACCAAGUCGUACAACCUGAAGCGGCACAUGUACGAAGUGCAUGGUGAGCUGGCUCCGGGCCUUACGGUGACGGCUUGCGAAUUCUGCGGGCUCAAGUUCCUCCGGGGGUACACGCUGAAUCGACACAUUGCCAAAGUGCACAGCAAGCACCGGAAAGCGAAGAAGGUGAUGAUCAUUAAGAGUAAGUAGGGGGUUUUUAUAGGGGAUGAAAUGCGGGCGGAGGGUUGAGUGGCCAUAUUCGAGCAAUGCAGGAAAAGCGGGAUCGGUAGGAGAGUGAUGGGGAUGAUCGGGAGAGAGGUGAGUGCCAUUCAGAAGUGUCAUACU